AUGUCACAACAAGCAGUCAUUCACGCAUAUAGGCACCUAUACCGGCAUAGUCUAAGGGCUAUCCAGUUUUCGAAGCCGGCUCGGUAUACAUUGCGCGAUCGACUUCGCCUAGCCUUUCGCAACGGGUCCGCUGCCGACUAUGAGCCACAGAGAAUCCAGAACACGCUUGAAUUCCUGCAGUAUGCGACUAGAGAGAGUGGGCUGGAACACAAGAUAGUGAAGAACCUUCUGUUCGUGUGGUGGGUACAGAACAACGGAGGUCGCUCAAAGCAAAACCCGAAGAAUAUAACGCGCGACGAGAUCGAGAUAAAGACCACCGCGUACGAUACUUUCAACCACAAUAUCCGCAUGCUAAAUGAGAGCAUGGGACUGUGCCUUCCAGCCAUGACUAUCCGCGAUCCCAGUUGA